AUGUUCCAGCGACUUUGGCAGAAGGGAAUACGUUGGGACGAAGUUCUCCCACCUGACAUACUUGAAGACUGGCACUCUUGGUGUCGCGAGCUUCCCAAAGCCAAUGAUUUGUGCAUUCCCAGAAGGAUAAAGCGCACGGGGACAGUCCGACAACAAACGCUUCAUGUAUUCUGCGACGCUAGCCCGCAAGCUUACGGAGCCGUCAUCUACGUCAGAACAAUACAGGAAAGCAGCCUGUGCACAGUUCGUUUAGUCGUGGCAAAGUCUAGAGUUGCUCCUUUGAAGACGGUUUCUCUCCCACGCCUGGAACUGCUGGGGGCGUUACUGGGAGCACGACUUCUGUACUACAUUACCAAGAGCUUUGGUGCCAACCUGUCUACUACAUUGUGGACGGAUUCGAUGAUUGUCAUCAACUGGAUCAAGGGUGACACGCGUCGGUACAAGCCCUUUGUUUCCAACUGGACCACAGAGAUACAGGACCGCACGAACCCAUCGGACUGGCGAUACUGCCCUGGUAAAGAAAAUCCUGCCGAUCUCCUGACACGGGGAAUUUCGAUUGACUCUCUCCAAAAUCGAGCCGAUUGGUGGGAAGGGCCGCCGUGGCUGCAUGAAGACGAGGCUUACUGGCCACGACACAUGGAAUUGAUAGGAUUCCAAGACAAGGAAGUUAAAGCAACUGUCGUGCUGUCAGCUCCAUCAGUGUCAACCUGUCCCGUUCUGGAACUGGCAAACUUCUCUUCCCUGAACAAGGUUAUCCGGACUACGGCAUGGAUUUAUAGAUUUUUCUCCAACUCGAGUCAAGUGGAAAACAAAAUAACGGGCCCUUUCACAGCAUCUGAAAUUCAGCGAGCAGAAAACUACUGGAUACGACAAGUACAAGCGGAAUCGUUUCCAGAUGAACUUUGA